GCAUUGGCGGGGGUUACAGCCUCGUGCGCGGUUCUGUUCUCCCAUUGGUCAGCGCUGAGGCUUUUCCUCGCCGCUUCAACUAUCCUAGGACAUUUCUCGGCCUCCCCUUUUCCGCUUCUGCGCAGUUCUCCUAGACUUGUUCCGCUCGUCUCUCCGCAAGUACAGUCACAAUGUCGGAAUUUAACGCGGUGCCGACCGGGCCCGGAGUUCCAGCCUCUACCCAGCAACCGCCCGGAGCAGGCGGCCCUGGGAUCAGGAAAGACGCUUUCGCCGACGCGGUGCAGAGGGCCCGGCAGAUAGCAGCCAAGAUCGGAGGCGACACCGGGACACCGCCGAUUAAUAACAGUGCGACGCUGCCGGAGUUCCCUUUUCCGGGGCAGAAACGACAGCUGGAGGACGCAGAACAGCCAGACAGUAAGAAACUAGCUUCUCAGAAUGACCCAGUCGGAGCACAGCUUGCUGCUAUCCACCAGCAAAGGACGACUAUAACCGAGGAGUACCGGGUGCCUGACGGCAUGGUGGGACUCAUAAUCGGACGGGGGGGUGAACAGAUCAAUAAAAUACAGCAAGACUCGGGGUGCAAGGUACAAAUAGCACCAGACAGCGGUGGUCUACCAGAUAGAAGUGUUUCUUUGACAGGGUCUCAAGACUCUAUCCAAAAAGCGAAGGGGCUCCUGGACGAAAUUGUCUCUCGUGGCCGAGGCGGUCCCCCCGGCCCCUUCCAUGACUCCACGAACGGGCAGAACGGCUCGGUGCAGGAGCUCAUGAUCCCUGCGGGCAAGGCGGGGCUCGUCAUCGGCAAGGGGGGCGAGACCAUCAAGCAGCUGCAGGAGCGUGCGGGUGUGAAGAUGAUUCUGAUUCAGGACGGCUCUCAGUCUGCGAACAUGGACAAGCCCCUGCGCAUCAUUGGAGACCCCUACAAAGUGCAGCAAGCUCGUGAAAUGGUGAUGGAGAUUCUGCGGGAGAGAGACCACGGUGGCUUUGGGGAGAGGAGCGAGUACGGCUCCCGAAUGGGAGCGGGGUCCGGAGGAGGGGGUUCUGGGUCUGGAGGAGGGGGCAUAGAGUCGUUCUCUCUGCAGAUCCCUGUGCCUCGGCACUCUGUGGGAGUGGUGAUUGGUCGAAGCGGCGAAAUGAUCAAAAAGAUCCAGAACGAUGCCGGAGUUCGAAUACAGUUCAAACCGGAUGAUGGCACGGGCCCCGACAAGGUGGCGCACAUCAUGGGCCCCCCAGAGCGCUGCGAGCAUGCGGCAAGCAUCAUCAAUGAGCUGCUGCAGAGCAUUCGGAGUGGUCCUCCAGGCCCCCCAGGUCCUGGGAUGCCCCCUGGGGGUCGUGGACGGGGGCGGAGUCAAGGGAAUUGGGGUCCCCCUGGGGGGGAGGUCACCUUCUCCAUCCCUAGCCACAAGUGUGGGCUCGUCAUUGGCAGAGGCGGGGAGAAUGUGAAAGCCAUUAACCAGGAGACGGGUGCGUUCGUGGAGAUCUCCAGACAGCCCCCGCCCAACGGGGACCCCAACUUCAAAUUGUUCAUCAUCCGGGGUUCCCCCCAGCAGAUUGACCACGCCAAGCAGCUCAUAGAGGAGAAGAUCGAGGCUCCUCUGUGUCCAGUUGGCCCUGGUCUGGGUGGUCCAGGCCCUUCAGGUCCAAUGGGCCCCUACAACCCAGGCCCGUACAACCAGGGGCCUCCUGGUGCACCCCCACACGGAGGACCCCCUCCCCCUCACCAGUACCCUCCCCAGGGAUGGGGCAACACCUACCAGCAGUGGCAGGCCCCCGGACCCCAUGACCCAAGUAAGGCGGCGGCAGCAGCAGACCCCAACGCAGCCUGGGCUGCUUACUACGCCCAGUACUACCAGCAGAGUGGCGCCCCAGUGCCAGGGCAGCCCGCCAGCACUCCCAGUGGAGCUACUGGUGAGCAGCCACCUGUUAGUCAGAACGCCACAGGACAACCAGAUUACACCAAGGCAUGGGAGGAGUACUACAAGAAACUAGCUCAGGCGUCUGGCACAGCAGCAGCAACGCCCCAAGCAGCCGCAGGUCAGACUGACUACAGCGCUGCCUGGGCAGAGUACUACAGACAGCAGGCAGCUUACUAUGGGCAGCCAGGGGCCCCCGUGCCGGGACAACAGCAGCCUUCCUCACAGCAGGGGCAGCAGGCCCAGUGAAGAGGGGAGGGGGAUACACAAUUUGAAAAGUGAACUCUUACGUCCUGUGAAAACAAACAUUCAGUUCAGUCCUCCUGGGUUUUCUUUUCUCCUUUUUUUUUUUUUUUUUUUAAUAAACAUUGGGAUUGCCUGGCUGUAGGAUCUCUCCUCUCCUUGCCCCUCUAGUCAAGAAAUCUGCAAAGUUUUAUCUACAAUGAUCUAUCAAUGACACAAAAUCACGGCUUUUGAAUGAACAAACAUUUUCUGGCUGGUACAAGACUUGCAGAAAACUACAACUUCUGUCCAUUUGUAAACUUCAGGGUAGCACAAAAAAGAACAUUGUAUUGGGCUCUAAUCUACUUUUUGUUUUUAAUUGUUUUGUUUUUUUAAUUGUAGGAAAUGCGUUUUUUUUUUCUGACCCAAGAUGAACAUUCCCUUUUUUUUGGUAAAGUUGUCUUAUUUUUAUUUCACAACUGCUCUGAAGAAAUUAAGUGUUUUUUUUAAGCUGGGCUGUUAGUGAGUGGGUUUGUCUGUUUCAGCACGAGACACACAAUGAGUUGUACGCUUGGUUUUUACUUUUUAAUGCUAGUUUUUAAAACUUCACAAUAAACAAUAUCAAAAUG